AUGUUAUUUUGGAUUUUUUCAUUUAUAUUAGCAACAGGGGUAUAUUUAAUAGUGAAUCCUUUAAUCACUAUGUUCAAACUUAAGUUGUAAUUUGGAAAGGCUGUAUAUUGUAAAUAUUUACCAAUUUUUGGUAUAAUAUAGGUUUAUAGAAAAUCAUUCAAAAUUACAGGUAAUGUGCAUCAAUGGAUUAUUGACAUUAUAACUAAGCAUCCAGAUGUUAAAUUUGUUGUUGCAAACUCAAUCCAUAAGCCAGUAAUAGUUUUAAUAGAUUCUGAAUAUUACAAAUAUAUAUAUUAGAAUCAUGAUCUAGUGAGUAAACAUGAUUAAAGUGGAAUUAAAGAGUAUUUGUUUGAUUAUGAUAAUAAGUUUUUUACUUUAGGGUGGAUUAUUAUUUACAGAAGGGUCAAAAUGGUAAUAACAAAGAAAAUUGCUUGGAGAUCAUUUUCUAUUCUAAAAAUUAAAAUCACGGAUUCCAAUGAUAAAUUAAGUGAUAAAAGAGAAAAUUAUUGAAAUGCCUAAAGUUGAGAAAGUGUUUGAAUUUAUAUGUUCUAUAACAGGAGAAGUUGUUAUAAGAAGUUUUUUUGGAGAAGAAGCAGAAGGUUGGAAAAUUAAUGGAAAAGAAGCUUAAAUUGAAUUAGGGGAAAUUAUUGUAUAAUUUGUCAAAUUAAGAGUGAAUAAUUUUUUUGUCUAUUUUAAAUAAAAGGUUUUAGGAGUUAAAUCUUGGUAAUAUAGUACAAAAAAAGAAAAAGAAGUUUUGGAUAGAGUAAUAAAAUUUAAAUAAGAUAUAAAAGAAGUUAUUUUUAAAAGAAGAGAUAAGAUUAAAUAAUAGGGUCACAAAUAAGAAGGAGGAGACUUUUUGGAUUUAUACUUAAAAAUAUUUAUGGAAUAAAAUGUGUAUAGUUCUGAUAGAAUUGAAACCGAUGAAAUAGUUUCUUAAUUUAUAACUCUUUUUUUUGCUGGUACAGAUACCACUGGUGCUUUGGUUGCUAAUUGUUUAUUAUAUAUUUCUGAAAAUAAAUAAUAUUUACAUGAAUUAAGAAAUGAAGUUAAAAAUGUAGUUGGAGAUGGUGAUAUUACUGCAGAUAAUCUUAAUUAAUUAGUAUUAAUUGAGAGUUUCUUAAAAGAAGUUAUGAGAGUUAGACCAUCAGUAGUUUAUCCAAUAGCUAGAAAAGCUAAAUAAAAUAUUUAGAUUAAAGAUCUUUAAAUUUAAAAAGGAACUCUACUUCUUUUGGGAAAUUUCUUGGCUAAUAUAUGUCCAUUAAAUUAUGAUAACCCUCUUGAAUUUAAUCCAAAAAGAUGGUUAUAAUAAAAACCAAUUAUAUAGGAUAAUGGUUUUAUAAAUAUUCCAUUUGCUGCUGGACCUAGAAAUUGUAUUGGAUAACAUAUGGCAAUGAUUGAAGCUAAAAUUAUUAUGGCUCACAUUGUUAGAAAUUAUGAUAUUGUAAGAAAUUCUUAGAUACCAAAAGUUUUAUGGCCAUCAAGAGGAGCAUAAACAUUCAUACCAGAAAAUAGUGUUCAUCUUUUAAAAGUAUGA